AUGCCACGCCAAUCAUUCGACAGUGAGGUUGAAUCAUCAAACGUGAGAUGGUGGUCUUAUGGAUCUGAUGAAGGCUACAUCGUAGAAGUCGGAGGUAUGUCUGGCUCCAUCUAUCACGACUAUGACCUACCACAAGGCGUGAAGACAGAAAUGACAAUGAACAAAGAUAGCAACAAGACUGAUCUUGCUUCCUUCAAGAAGAUGCCAAUCAUGAUACCCUCCUACGCGAGCCCAACUGUUGCCCUGAGCAAAGAGCUUAAGGAUUCUAUCUCUGGAGGGACGCAUAACCACAACGACUCGUCGGAAUUUGCAGAAAGGGAUGAGCUCUCGAGCGCUGAUGGAUCUCGAGCUCCGUCUUAUAUAUCUUUCGAGAGCCUGAAUGUUCCUCCGCCCCCUGCUGACCCAGAAACGGAGGAAAUUGACGAGGCAGAGCAGCUGAGCAAGAAUAUGACAGAAAAGGCCAAAGUGCCAAAGUGGCGAAAAGCACUCGUAUACAUGCGAGUGCUUGAAGAGACUGCUUAG